UAAUGGAUAGAUGGGCUAAGCCAUCACCACAUGUUCACUGAUGUAAUGAUCAUUUUUAAUAACCGGGUUGCCCCUCCGAAAUCUUCAAACUCAAUUCCACGAUUGAACUUCUUGUCGUCAUUCUCAUCCCUUCUAAGUCCUGUUAAGACUUUUGCCAAGUUUUAGUCGCGGCUAGUUAUAUAUUAUAUUAUAAAACGAACAGUAUUCUCAACGAGCCACCAAUAUCUGUAUAUAGAUACACACAAGCACAACCUCAACUGUCACACACCUACACCCGCGAGGGCACUACAUCGCCUUUGGGCUGCUGAUCAGGUUCAUCGGUCAGUCCGCGAUAGAUAUAGUCGCAUAGAGGUCACACGCAGCAGGAACGUGCGAAAAGCCCGAGGAGAACAAAAACGGUUUACUUGGACUACUUGGACUUUGUGUUGCGCGGCGUAGUGCAACUAUUAUAUACUUCACGAAAAGCCGCCCCGCGCGCACUUAUAAGAACUGUCAAAUUAAUACGCUGACAUUUCGGAGUCGUUUCCCCGCUGUCGUCAUAGUCCGAAAUCUACGACGACGCUAACUUCCGCCCGAUUUUAUUCUUACAUCGAUAUCGCCUAACAUCACUUUUUAUACUCGUCCAUCAAACUGAUUAAUUCUUCGAGAUAUCCUUUUAUUUAAUUCAAUAAUUUCUUACUAAUUUUAUCAUUCUACUAUGGCGCAUAGGCGGGCAGAUGACGAUCUCGCCUACGGUGACUCGUAUGGCGAGAGGUGGGACAAGAGUCGCUUCGCUGUUGAGAGUGACCGUAGUCGGCAAGGUGCCGAAAGAGAUCGCUUUGAGGAACACGAUCGUUACUACAGUCGUGGCCCAGGAGGUCGGGUUCGUGAGGCCUCUGUGGAUGAAAGAUUUGAGCGAAGACAACCACGUCCGUGGGAGGAGGACUUUCCGCGCGAGAAAAGAUAUUAUGAUGAAGGCCCACGUUUUCGUCGCUCUCCACCUCCCGAGUUAGAGCGGCGUCUUGUUAUCGGCCGUGAGCGGGCUGAGCGGGAACGUGAACGAGAGUUCCGCCCUCCGUCCCCUCCACGACGACCUGGACUACUCCGGCGGCAGUCGUCUCUUGAUACAUUUGAUAGACGGCCGCUACCACGAUUUCUUGACAGAGAGGAAUCUGAUACCCACUCCCGUCGCGACGACUUCCGCCCUGAGCCGUACAAGCCGAUCCCCCUUCCCCGAUCGAGAGCUUUGCCUCCGCCGAGAAUAUAUGCCGAGCGAGAAUUCGAUGAGAUCAAGAUAUCUGAGCCCGAUCGCUAUGGCGAUGAAGAAUACCAUGCUUAUCCUGAGCUUGUUCGCGAGAGAGAGGUGGUUAAAUUGAAGAAACGUCGGGGUAGUAGUACAUCGAGAGAUAAGCAUCGUGGCGGUAGUGUUCGAAGCGGAAGCAUCUCGCGCACAUCUGUCUCAUCAGAUGAUUCGAGCAGUACUGGAGGCACUAGCGUUACUGUCAAGAGCGUUAAGAGCGAGUAUCCCAAGAAAGGAAAGACGAGAAUUCCUGACCGACUCGUUUCAAAGCUGGCGCUCAUUGACCUUGGUUAUCCAUUCGUUGAAGAGGGUAACGUCAUUGUUGUGCAAAAGGCUCUCGGCCAACAGAAUAUCGAUGACCUACUCAAACUGAGCGAAGACUACAAGAAAUCCGAACGGGAAGUUGCUUCUGCUCGCUCUGUUUCCGGGGGCCUCUUUGAAGAAAGAAGAGAAGAAAUAUUUACUCUUCCGCCACCGCCAGUUGCAAUGCCCCCUCCUCCCCCAGCAAUUAUCCAUACUGCGGCACCUGUUGCGCCAGCUACACAAACCCCCGUCGAGGUUGUUAAGGAGACGUUCAUUCGCGAGAGCUCGCCUACCCGUAGUACUCGGAGCCGUCGUAGCCAUUCUACUUCUACGACUCGUACUCCCGUCAUCAUAGAACCCCGAGAAUACAGCGAAGAACUCGCCGUAGGACCUCUCGCUUUAAUCGGUGACCGGCGGCGGUCAAAUAAAGACAUCAAGAUGGAAAUCGCUCGGUUAGAGGCGGAGCGCGACCUACUAAAAGCGGAACGACGGCACCACCACUCCCACUCCCAUUCCCGACACCGGUCGCAUAGUCGCAGCACCGACCGAGAAUUGGUGUCGGCCGAACGCCUACCGACGGGUGAGCUUGUCCUUUAUGAGGAACAGGUCGAGAAGAUCGAGGAGCCACGGCGCGGGGUUCGCAUUGAGAAGGACAAGAAAGGACCACCGCCUAGUUUGAUGAGAGCCAUGCUCGCUACUCUCACCUAAUAACUUGGUGGGCUUAGUUGACGCCGCCUACUUUUGCAUGUUGGGGAUAAAUAUGGGUCUAAUUAAUUUCGGUAUCGACUUUACUCUAGGGGUCAAGGAUAUCGAGCUCUACAUCAUCUAUGGCCAAGAUUGGCGUUUCACUACUUACGAGGUGUCAUUAUAUUCAUGUGUCACGUUCUGCUACAUUUAUGGCACCAGUUUCUCUUGUUAGGCAGUUCAAGGGGGCGUUUUAUAUUGGAUACAUUUGGCUAAACGCUGGGUCUCUGUCAUUGUGCGUUUUGGGUACAAGGGGUCACCUUGAUAGUUGGUAUAAACCGGGCUUAUCAUCUAUGUCCACUUCUUAGAGAAUGGCUUGGUUAUAGUGGUGGAAAUUUUCAAUGAAUAAUGACCUUUAUUCACUUCGCAAAUCAACU